UUUUAUAUUGAAGCCUCAUCCAGCCAUUAACACUCCUAUCAAAGAAACUGUUCAAGAAAGCAACCAGGAACCUGCUGAGGGGAGUGAAGAAAAAGCAGGAGCCAAAAGAAGAAAGUCUUCUGUUCCAAAAUUAUCCCCUAAAGGGGAUAAUAACUUACCUACAGAAGCUGAAACAGAAGAAAAGGAGAUGGAUACUUCAAAGGAAGAUGAUUUACCUUCUGAAAAAAACAGUAAAGAAGAUGUGGUGAAAGCAAGCGAUGCUUCUAUUCCUAAAGUUGCUAGAAGAGGAAGAAAAAGAAAGGCUGAAAAACAAGGUGAAGCAGAGGAAGUAGCAGCAGUGACAACGGCAGCAAUGGCAACAGCAGUGGCAGCAGCAGUGGCAGCAGCAGCUCCUGUGCCAGUGUCUCCAAAAGUAAGCCCCAAAAGAGGAAGACCAGCAGCUUCUGAAGUAAAGGUUCCAAAACCAAGAGGGAGACCCAAGUUGGUGAAACCACCUUGUCUUUCAGAGAGUGACCCUGUUAAUGAGGAAGAGAAGGCAAAGAAAAAAGGACCAGAAGAAAAGCCCAAAAAGCAAGGGAAAAAAGAUGAGGAAAGUCAGAAGGAAGAGGAGAAAUCAAAGAAGGAAUUUGACAAAAAGGAAGGAAAGAAAGAGGCUGAACUGAAAAGGAAGAAUGCUGCAAAAUUAGGUUCUGCAUCAGCUUCUGAUUCUGAAGAUGACGGAGAAGAACAAGAAGGUGACAAGAAGAAAAAAGGAGGAAGAAGCUUUCAGGCAGGUCAUAGAAGAAACAUUGUAAGAGGCCAAAAUGAGAGAGAAGCAGCAGAAAGAAAGCGUAAGCAAGAGGAACAGGCAGAAACUGAAUCGCAGAGUAAAGAAGAAGGCAAGAAAACAGAAAUUAAGAAGAUGGAGAAGAAGAGAGAAACAUCAAUGGAUUCUAGGCUUCAAAGGAUACAUGCAGAAAUUAAGAACUCCCUGAAAAUUGAUAAUCUUGAUGUGAACAGGUGUAUUGAGGCUCUUGAUGAGCUUGCAUCUCUUCAAAUCACAAUGCAACAAGCUCAGAAACAUACAGAGAUGAUUCUGACUCUGAAGAAGAUACGGAAAUUCAAAGUUAGUCAAGUUAUCAUGGAGAAAUCUACUAUGCUAUAUAACAAGUUCAAGACCAUGUUUCUGGUUGGGGAAGGAGAUUCUGUGCUUUCCCAAGUACUAAAUAAAUCACUUGCUGAGCAGAAGCAGCACGAAGAAGCCAACAAAACCAAAGAACAGUGGAAGAAAGGAGCAAACAAAAAAAUGGAAAAGGACCAAACAGGUUCAAAGGUUCUGAAUGGGGCGUCUGAAGCUCAAGACACCAACCAGUCACAACACAAUGGAGAGAACACUGAGGAAAAGAAAGAUAGGCAUGAAGUUGGCAGUAAGAAAAAGACAUCUGGUGAAGAGAGAGAGCUUGAAAAGCCAGCAAAAGAUUCUGCCUUUGAAAGCAAAUGACACCACUGGAGUCUUUUUUUUAAAUACAAAUUGAAGAGGAUUGUUAAGUUUUGCAUUUGAAAUCUAUAGACUGCUGAAAGUUUUAAAUAAUUUUAUAAGCAUAGUAUUUUGAAGUUAAAUUUUGUUGAAUAAAAGCCCUUUUAAUCUUGGUUUAAAAGUAUUUAAACACUUUUGCCAAUAGUUUUGUCCAGUAUUAACAGGUAAUAACACAUUUCAAAAGAUAAAAAUUGCAGUUAGAAGACAAAUGCUUACAUGUUACAGGACUUAGAGUUGUAGUAUAUUUUUACCUGACUACUGUAUGUUUGUCUAGCUAAUAGCAGGGAAAAGUGUAAAUACUUUUAACUGCCCAAUUGCUUUAUUUGUAUAAAACCUACUCUCUUCCUAGGAUACUGACCUCUGUUUGUGCAUAGUUUUUCAACCCCUGUUGGGAUGUCUUUUCACUGUGUUUUGUAGGAGUUGGAAGCAGCGUUUUUAUAGCUGUUAAAAUGUUAAUGUACGAGUAUACUUAAUCACUUUUUUUAAGCAAGUUUAGUUCUGUUGCAAAACUCAUUGUGCCAAUUUGCUGCAAUGUGACUUUAUGGUAUGCUUUUGGUAUAAUAAGUAUACUAGAAAGAAACGUGGUGUUUUCACAUCAACAACCUGUUGAUGCACACUGCUUGGAAAACACUGUCUUGAACAGUUUAUGAAAAUAAAGAAUUUAAACUGAU